CCUAGAUUCAUUCAAGAGAGAAAGAAAAUGAAAGACUGAUCAGCCUAUAAAAAUUCAUCUGAUCAAAGAACUAAAAUCUAGCAAAGGAAGACUUGAUCAUCAAAAAAGCACAUAUCAGAGAAUUCAGGAAAUCUGUAUACACCUGCAAUCAUGAAGGACUGGCGCUGGAUUCCACUGCAAAAAGUAUUUUACCCUUGGCUGGAUUCUCCUUCAAUGAAGAUGUCCCAUUCUUCCUCAGCAGAUGAAGGAACCACGUUUGAACACCUCUGGAGUACUCUGGAGCCAGACAGCACGUAUUUUGAUCUCCCCCAGUCCAGCCAAGGGGGCAGUGAGGUGGUGGCUGGUGGGACUGUGGUCAGCAUGGAUGACUUCCAUAUUCAGAGCAUGAAUGAGUCUGUCAUGUCCCAGUUUAAUCUGCUCACCAACACCAUGGAUCAGAACAGCAGCAGCCGAGCGGCCUCCACCAGCCCCUACAACCCCGAGCACUCUGCCAGCGUCCCGACACACUCUCCCUACUCCCAGCCCAGCUCGACGUUUGACACCAUGUCCCCCGCGCCCGUCAUCCCUUCCAACACGGACUACCCCGGCCCCCACCACUUUGAGGUCACCUUCCAGCAGUCCAGCACCGCCAAGUCGGCCACUUGGACAUACUCACCACUGCUGAAGAAACUCUACUGCCAGAUUGCGAAGACAUGCCCCAUCCAGAUCAAGGUCUCCACACCCCCUCCGCCUGGCACCGUCAUCCGGGCAAUGCCCGUCUAUAAAAAAGCAGAGCACGUGACUGAAGUGGUGAAGCGCUGUCCCAAUCAUGAGCUUGGUAGAGACUUCAAUGAAGGACAGUCAGCCCCAGCAAGCCACCUCAUCCGAGUGGAAGGCAGCAACCUCUCUCAGUAUGUGGACGAUCCUGUCACCGGGCGACAGAGUGUGAUGGUACCCUAUGAGCCACCCCAGGUGGGGACAGAAUUCACCACCAUCCUGUACAACUUCAUGUGCAACAGCAGCUGUGUGGGGGGCAUGAACCGGAGACCUAUCCUCAUCAUCAUCACCUUGGAGACCAGAGAUGGGCAGGUUCUUGGCCGGAGGUCAUUCGAGGGUCGGAUCUGUGCCUGUCCUGGCAGGGACCGAAAAGCAGAUGAAGAUCAUUACCGGGAACAGCAAGCUCUGAAUGAGAGUGCAGCCAAGAAUGGGAAUGCUACCAAACGCACAUUCAAGCAAAGCCCGCCUGCCAUCCCUGCCCUGGUGGCCAAUGUGAAAAAGAGGAGACACGGGGAUGAGGAAAUAUACUACAUGCCUGUACGUGGUAGAGAGAACUUUGAAAUAUUGAUGAAAAUCAAGGAGAGCCUGGAGCUUGUGGACCUGGUGCCUCAACAACUAGUUGACUCUUAUCGGCAGCAGCAACAACAGCUCCUCCAGAGGCCGAGUCACUUGCAGUCUCCCUCCUCCUAUGGCCCGGUCCUCUCGCCGAUGAACAAAGUCCAUGGGGGGAUCAACAAACUGCCUUCGGUCAACCAGCUCGUGGGGCAGCCUCAGCAGCAUAGCUCCUCAGGAGGGCCCAACCUGGGGCCCAUGGGCCCUGGAAUGCUGAAUAGCCACGGUCACCCCAUGCAGUCCAAUGGUGAAAUGAAUGGUGGACAUACCUCCCAGGCCAUGGUCUCAGGGUCACACUGCACCCCUCCUCCCCCAUACAACGCUGACCCCAGCCUCGUCAGUUUUUUAACAGGAUUGGGGUGUCCGAACUGCAUCGAGUAUUUCACAUCCCAAGGGCUGCAGAACAUUUACCACCUUCAGAAUCUAACCAUAGAGGAUCUCGGGGCCCUGAAGAUUCCUGACCAGUACAGAAUGACCAUCUGGAGGGGUCUUCAGGAGCUGAAGCAAAGCCAUGACUACGGGGCCCAGCAGCUGAUCCGCUCGAGUAGCAAUGCUUCUACUAUCUCCAUCGGGAGCUCGGGGGAGCUUCAGCGCCAGCGUGUGAUGGAGGCUGUGCAUUUCCGAGUCCGCCACACAAUCACCAUUCCCAACCGUAGUGGGGCGGACGAGUGGGCAGACUUUGGUUUUGACCUCCCUGAUUGCAAAUCCCGCAAACAGUCCAUUAAAGAAGAGUUCACAGAUAGUGAAAUAAACUGAGGAUGGGAAAAAGAAGGCUGGGGGAGAUCCAGGGUAGGGGGUUUCCAAAAGUGUGAGGUUCCCCAACCAGACUGGCUUCCAAAGGAAACACUCUUAAAAAAAAAAAGAAAAGAAAAACUCCAGGUAUGGGAGAUGGGGAAGAGUUUACAACCUUAAGCCCCUGGAAAAGGGUUUGCUCUGUUUUUCUUUAGUCUUUUGUACCCAGGACUGGAGUUUGAGCUAUUAGCAGCUCAGGGCCAGCCAGGGUGGUCUGUCCAUCUGCUGAGCCCCUCUUCCAGGAAAAUGUUUCUGAUGUCCUUCAGUUUGGGAGAGGUGUGAGGGAGAGAGGGUGGAAGUUCCUCAGAGCAGCCCAACAAUGGUUAGCCCGAAUACUCUGUAGAUAUUUCGUAGCCCUGCACAGACUCAUUUUGUGCAUCUAAUCAAUUAAUUGUACAGUACAUAUCACAUUUCACAGGAAGAUCAUUAAUAUAAAAAUGAGGGACAGGCUCUUUCUCUGCCCUCCACCUUCCUUCUGUCCACUCAGAUAUAUCUGAAUGGGGAAGAACAGUGUCAUCAUGAAAACUGACAUUAAGCCUUUUGCAUCUCAGCUUCUGUAGGGAUUCUGCCAGCUUUCAGACCCUUUGUGAAGAGGGAUCUGCCUUCCUGAUGGACUGCCAAACAAACGAAUAAAAAAGUAUUUUUCCAUGUCCUUCAGUUCUGCAGAGCCACAAAGAAGCUUGACUAUGUCAUUGUAUUUCAAACACUGUCUGUGUAUCUCUAAGCUGCUUUAGAAUGGAAAUCAUCGAUUUUUCAAGCACAUUUUCAAAGUGGCUGAUUCAUUUCCUCCCAUGAAGCCCGGUCGAGACCAUUCUAUUAGCAGGUUUGAGGGCCGAAUCAGAUCUCUUCAGAAGCUAUGGCCAGUCUGACCAAGAAUCAAAUAGUCUUUUUUGAAUUUGCUUUUUUCCUCCUGUACCCCUGGCUUCCAUAUUUUCCACCUCCAUCCCACUCUGGUCCCCCAAGAGGUGACUUCUAUUUGCAUCUGAAUUCAGUGAGCAAAGAUGGAUUACCAAAGUGCUCCAUCUUUUCUGGGAAACUGACCGCCAUGACCUCACUGGAAUGCUGUGGCCUCGAACACUGACAUCCAGGUGACUCCUUCUUGGCAGAGAGAUGGACAGCGUAUUUCUCACACUAUUGGCAUUUGUUCAUAUUUAAUAAUGUGAAACAUUUUCUACGUUGAAGUUCAGGAUCUCUUUUUUUUUACUUUCAUUUUCAACAUGUGGUGAAGGCCUCAUGCCCAGCUUUUUAGCAGGUUUUCAGCUAACAAGAUGAGCUAAAGAAAGAUUGAUAACAAAAUACAUUCGCCACUUGGGGACCUUUGAAUAUACAGGCCUGAUUCUGAGUCAGGGCACCACCAUGUGUGGAAAGAGAGACGACGUGUCUGCAACCGAAUCUGGGCAUUCUUUUCCAUGUAUGACCCUGGACAAGUAAUCGAGCCACUUAAUGCUCUGGGCAGUUCUCAAAGAUUGUUAAGUGGCAGAGAAGGUGUCAACCUGCAUUGAAGGAGGGAGUUUAUUCAUCUGGGAGUUCCCUGGUACCCAUGAAUGAAGAGGUCUGGUCUCUUUCCCUAUAUUCUUUUAUGGGAACAGCUUUCCUAUGUCAUCUGUGCUCAUCUGACUUGAGAAGGGUGGGUGGCAUUCAAAAUCAAGAGGAGAAAAAAUAAAGAGGCAUGAUAUGGCAAGGAGUAUUUUACAUUCAAAGUACUGGUCCAGAUAUUCAUCCCCUGAGAGGUCCCCUGGGCCAAUUAAUUCAUUUUUUUCCCUCAGUAAGCAAUUAUUAAGGAUCCAAGUAUUGUAAAGAAGCUAAGUAACUCAGUGGAUAGAAAGCCAGGCCUAGAGACAGGAGGUCCUGGGUUCAAAUCUGGUCUCAGACAUUUCCUAGCUGUGUGACCCUGGGCAAGUCACUUAACUCCUAGUCUUUACUACUCUUCUGCCUUAAAACCAAUACUUAGUAUUGAUUCUAAGAUAGAAGGUAAGGGUUAAAAAUAAAGGGUCCAUGUAUCAUGAAUUAGCAGACAUUAUAAGGCAAAAGUCCAUGAGAGCUACAUUCUACAAGGGAAUAUUGGCAGAUAAGUAACAAUUCAUAUAGCCUAAUUCUUAGGCUAACCGGGACGUUUCUUGCUAAGUAACCAGAACACAUAUCCAUGUCCUUUUUCUCAUCAUAGACCCCUUAAGCAGCCUGGUGAAACCUAAGGAAAUCCCUUCUCAGAUUUGUGUUUUUAAAUGCAUGGGAUAAAAUCUAUAAGAUUACUAAGAAAAUGAAUGCUAUCGAAAUAAAGGUAUUGGAUAUCUUUUUAAAAACACAAACCACAGAACCCAGGUUAAGACUCUCUGGACCAGACAAAGUUGCAUCUUCUGUCUCAUGGGAUAAAGUUCAGCUGAUAAAAUGGGUCACCCGAAUUUUAAGAAGGUCAGAGACAGGCUGAUUGCUUAAACAGAUUUUUCUCCCUGUGCCUUGGUGUGUGUGUAUGUGUGUGUGUGGCUGAAUUUUCACAAGAGCCUCCUGUUGGGAUAUCUGGGCUUGACUUGUGCUGGAGCUUUUUCUGAUUAUUAAAGGCUGGGGUGGGAGGAGAAAGUCCAACAGCCAAGGCCAAACUCAUGGCUAAUCCAUUGGAAAGAUGAUGGCAAAUUUGCCUUCCUGGGUCUGAACUCAUAUGCAGGAGACAAGAUGAAAAUGUAACCACUCCAUCAUCAUCAUCAGUCAACCCCCUUUUUGAAGGGUGACUCCACAUCUAAUCAACACCUUUCCCAAAUUCUACAUCUUAGCACAGAUGCUACAGAUAAUCUUUUCAGUUUAGGGAUCUUGUUGAAUAAAACAAAGAAGUGGGGGGAAAUCUUGGGGACACCGAAGAAAGGGAGAAAUGGACAAACUCUAGCUAAGAUUCUCUAGAAUUCACCAUGGUUCCUCAAGUAUUACAGGUAUGGAGCAUUAAGUGCUUACUCUGUAUCCGGCACUGUCUUGGUCUUGGCACUGGCUCAUUCAUUCCCAAGAGUCCUGGAAGAUCCUGUAGUUCACUGGAUCUCCAUCUAGAAGUUUCCUCUAAGGCCACUGAACCAUUUAUUCUCUCAAAAAGAAAACAACCCUGAAUUGGCCAUACAUGGUGGUCUUAACAUAGGCCACCUGAUCCUUCUCUGAUGGAAAACAGGCCAUUUCAUUGUGAUUUACCCAUCAGGCACCUUUAGGAACUCAACCAGAACCAGCCAUGGGUAUGACUUCUGAUAUCUGGGGGAUAAGAACUCUCCAGUGUUUCAGUUAAACAGACACGUGCUUCUAUGUUAGUAGCAAAUUAAAGCACUUUAAAUGCUUUAAGACUUUUUAAAAAAUCACUCAUGUUUUCAAUGUUAUAUCAUGCUUUUUCAGGCAGUAUUACUGGAUCUAUUCCAACAAUAUUGUUAACUUUUUUUGGGUAAUGUUAUCUUGGGAAAAUGUAUUAUUUUUUUAGCUGUGUUUGUGGGUUUGUAACAUAAUAAAGCACAUGUUCAAAUGGAAA